AGGUGGUUGGUGAGCAAGGCUGAGCUCUGAGGCAGGGAGCUCCUUAUGCCAUGCUGUGGGUGCAUGCAAGGUGGGGCGCUGCUGGGGGGCAGAUUUGGGAUAAGGCAGAGGGGCUGUUCCUGGGCUGGGUAGCAUCAAUGUCCCAGUGAGAGAUGAGCUCACCCCUGUUGGGUGAGAGGAGCAGCCAAGCCUCCUCCAUGCACCCAUUGGUGACAGUUCUGCACCCCUCUAUGGCUCCCAGUGGGGGGGUGCCUGUGCCAGGCUGUGUAGGUGCAGGGGUGAGAGCCCACCUCUAAGUCCCUUGGGCAGCUUUGUGGUCUCCCUCCUCCUCUGCAGCCUGGGUGCCCCGAGAGACCCCAGAGGGUGCUGGGGCGGGAAGAGGGAGGGCCAAGGCAGGUCUCUCCUCCCCUGCCCUCCCCUUUCCUCCCUUGCUGGGUCUGUUGCUCUCAGACCAGCUGCCUGCUGGGGCUGUGUCUGGGGGGAUGUCGGUUGCUGGAGUGCUCUGGGACCCGCAGGGGCUGCAAACGGUGGGCAUCAUUCUGCUGCUCUGCUCCAGCCUCAAGCUACUGCAUGCCCUGGGCAUCAUCGACCUGUCCAGGGGAGGCAACCCGCCGGGCCAAACUAAAAAAGCGCUGAAGCAGCGAUUCCUCAAACUGCUGCCCUGCUGCCGGCCCAAAUCCAUCCCCUCGCUCAGCGAAAACAGCGUUGAGGAUGAGUUUGAGCUCUCCACCGUCUGCCACCGCCCCGAGGGGCUGGAGCAGCUCCAGGAGCAGACCAAGUUCACUCGCAAAGAGCUGCAGGUCCUGUACCGAGGCUUCAAGAACGAGUGCCCCAGUGGCAUUGUCAAUGAAGAAAACUUCAAGCAGAUCUACUCACAGUUCUUCCCGCAGGGAGACUCCAGCACGUAUGCCACCUUCCUCUUCAAUGCCUUCGACACUGACCAUGACGGCUCCGUCAGCUUUGAGGACUUUGUGUCUGGGCUGUCCACCAUCCUACGGGGCACCAUUGAUGAUCGCCUGAACUGGGCUUUCAACCUCUACGACCUGAACAAAGAUGGCUGCAUCACCAAAGAGGAAAUGCUGGACAUCAUGAAGUCCAUCUAUGACAUGAUGGGCAAAUACACCUACCCAGCCAUGCGGGAAGAAGCACCCCGGGAGCACGUGGAGAACUUCUUCCAGAAAAUGGACCGAAACAAGGACGGCGUGGUGACAAUCGAGGAGUUCCUGGAGUCCUGCCAGAAGGAUGAGAACAUCAUGCGGUCCAUGCAGCUCUUUGACAGUGUGAUUUAGCUCCCGGACCUGCCUCCAGCUGAGCUCUCCUGCCACUGGGCCCAGAACCUGCUUCUCUCUCGAUUUUUCCUUCAAGCCUCCUCUCCACCGGCUGCACAGACACCUCCAUGAAAACGGGUCUCCCUUCCCGGAGACACGGUCGGCGCUGGGAUGCUCCCUUCCCCCUGGGCUGGCUCUGCUUUCCUUGGGGGAUCCCAAGCAGGUGCUUCUGGACAUUGGAGCAUGGGCAUGGCUGACACGGGGUGAGCAUUUGGCCUAGAUGGACCUCCCUGCACCUGCUCCCAGCAGGGAAACCUCAUCCUUUGGCUGUGAUAGAUUUCCCCCAUGCACAGCGUCCCGUGCAGCCACAGCACCCCAGCCCUGACCCUCCUCAGCCCUGGGAGCCCCCAGCACUGGCUCAGCCC